GCUUGGAUUUUUUGAAACUUGCCAAUACCGCAUCUUAAAGAGCAUACUUUAUUCUAGUAGAAACUGUCGAAAAUAGGACUUCUUAAAUAAGUACAACGGGUGAAUGAAAUAAAAAGAUUGUAACGAAUUUUUCUUGGAAAGUUGCUAUUUUUACUACUUGUGCUUUGUCCUCUUAUAAUUUCGCUGCAUGUCAGUUUAAGAAAAUUGUUAUGACAUGGUUUUGUAGAGAAUUCAAUAAGGAAUCUUUUGGAAAAAGAUUUGGAUCGAUAGGAUAAAAGCCGGCGGAGUUAUAUUCAAAGUACGAGAGUGCGUUUAUUUAUGCGCCACCCGUUAGAUUACUAGUUGGAAAAGGGACUUUUAACUACAUGUCCGCAGGUGCAUCUAGUAAUAAUUAAAUCGAUCGAUUAUCGGGUGAUAAAUCGAUAGUUGCAACUAGAAAAAAUCUAGUAAUCGCCCAAUUACUAGAUUUCCAUUGUUGUUACACAGUAAUUGCAAUCGAGUAAAAAUCUAAUAAUCUAGAUGAAUCGGGCGAUACUAGAUUGUUUUUUGACGCUUGGGUUUAUGUUUUACAUAGUGCUACAGUUAAAAACAACAGAAAAUUUUCGUUGCAUGCCUGUGCAGAGAAUCUUUUUCUCCAGAUUUAAUAUAACAAUAUAGCAAGAAAAAGCGUCAUUUCCCUUCAAAUUUUUGCUCUUAUUUAGCUUUAUGCUAGUGUUGGUGCAUCACUCGGUGGAAUGUGUUCAUUACUUUCUGGUUUACUUUAUCCACAAUAUGUUUCAAAAAUAAUAACAAUUUCAUCAUGUACCUCGCCAGAUCCAACUAGUAUUGCAUUACGUCAUUUACAACGUAAAAUGAUUAUGACUGAUCCAAAUUGGAAUAAUGGUGAUUAUUAUGAAAAAAAUGUAUAUCCUAAAGAUGGAAUGCAAACUGCAAGCGAACUUGCUACAUUAACCAAUCGUAGUGAAAUGGUUAAAAAAUGUUUUGGUUUAAAUCGUUUUACUAAAUUAAUAUCAUUAGAACCAUCAUUUGAAAUUGAACGUUAUUUACAUCAGGACGGAGAAAGAUUUGCAGAAAAAUAUGAUCCAAAUUCUUUAUUAUAUCUUUCUAAAGCAAUGGAUUUAUUUAAUUUAUCUGAUAAUUAUGAUAAUAAUAUACAAUUAGCAUUAAAACAAAUUAAAUGUCCAAUAUUAAUAUUAGGUGCACGUACAGAUAUUUUAUUUCCAAUAUGGCAACAAAAGCAAUUAGCAGAAGGAUUAAUAGAAGCAGGUAAUCAAAAUGUAACAUUUUAUGAAUUAAAUAGUAUUUAUGGACAUGAUACAUUUUUACUCGAUGUUAAUGGUGUUAGUACAGCAAUGAAAGGAUUUUUCGAUGUAGUGCAAUUAUAUGUGGAAGAUGAUGAUGAAUGA